ACGACCUUGAACGACAAAUCGCAAAUCUUCGACAAUACUACCCAGAAUACGAAAUCAUCAGUGAUAUCGGAUCGGGACUUAACUGGAAACGCAGGGGGUUUGUUGCCCUUUUGGAACGAAUACACACGGAAGGAAUCGAAGAAGUGGUGGUUACCCGAAAGGACCGAUUGUGCCGAUUGGGAUCCGAGCUUGUGGAAUGGAUCUUUGAGAAAAAUGGGACUCGGCUCGUGGUACUCGGUAUGGAUGUCAGUGCUGAAAGUAGUGAAGCCGGAGAACUUGCGGAAGACUUACUCUCAAUCGUCACGGUAUUUGUGGCAAGACAUAAUGGAAUGCGUUCCGCCGCCAAUCGUAGAAGAAGACGAGAAGUUGCCAAAGCCCAAGAAGAACAAGAGCUCCAAGAUUCCAGCAGGCAAGACACAACGUAUCCGUCUCUUUCCUACGCAAGAGGAGAAGUCGAAACUCAAACGCUGGAUGGGAACAGCGCGAUGGACUUACAAUCGGGUAUCGAGCGGACAAAAAAAGCUCUACGAGCACAGUGUCUCAACGCCGCAAACUUCAAUAAUACCGAACUUCAAUGGGUCCUUGAAACUCCUUACGAUAUUCGCGAUGAAGCGAUGAAUGAUUUACUUAAAUCAUAUUCAUCAAAUUUUGCUGCAAAACGGAAGAAAUUUAAGAUGAAAUUUCGCUCUAAGAAAGAUCAACAACAAUCUAUUGCAAUUCUAUCAAAACAUUGGGGUAAAUCUAAAGGAGUUUAUACAUUUCUUUGUAAGAUGAAGUCAGCCGAAAAUCUCCCAGCAGAGCUCCAUUACGAUGCACGACUUGUGAUGAAUCGGCUUGGAGAAUUUUAUCUUUGUAUUCCUCAACCACUCGAGAUAUGGGCCGAAAAUCAAGGUCCUACACAAUCAGAUGCAGUGAUCGCUCUAGAUCCAGGUGUACGAACAUUUAUAACUGGAUACGAUCCAAGUGGACAAGCUGUAGAAUGGGGCAAAAAUGAUAUUAGUAGAAUUUAUCGGCUUUCUCACAUAUAUGACAAGAUUCAAAGCACACAUGACUCUAUUCAUGGAAAAGUACACAAACGAAAACGCUAUAAACUUCGCAGGGUCAUGCUUCGUAUACAUAAAAAAAUCCGUUGUCUUAUUAAUGAUUGUCACCAUAAACUUGCCAAAUGGCUGUGUCAAAGUUAUCGUAUUAUUUUGUUGCCCGAGUUUAAAACACAGGGAAUGGUUAGGCGUGGAAAACGGCGGAUUCGUUCUAAGACUGCACGGAUGAUGUUAACAUGGUCCCACUUCCGAUUCCGCCAAUAUCUUCUACAUAAAGUUCGUGAAUAUCCAUGGUGUCGGGUAAUUAUAUGUACUGAAGGAUAUACCAGUAAGACAUGUGGGUGCUGUGGUCAUAUCCAUCGAAAAUUGGGUGGAUCCAAAGUGUUUCGUUGCCCAAGUUGUACAGCUGAGCUUGAUCGGGAUAUCAACGGUGCUCGCAAUAUACUACUUCGCUAUCUUACCGUUACAUCUAAAGAGCCG